AUGGAUAAUCAGUUUCCAUCAUCUCCAAAGCCAAAAUGUUACCCUUGGAAAUCAUCCAAGAAACAAGAAUUCGAUCAAAUUAAUGGUAAAACGAUAAAUUCCGGAAAGAAUCUAUAUUACGGAGAUUACGGAAUGGAGGAUAAUAUUUACGGCGAAAACGGGAUUUUCUCGAUGAAAGAACAGAAGAAAUUUCUCAAAGAAGCCAUUAAAGAACAAGAGAAAGCCAAUCAUAAGAUGAAAUUCCAAUCUCAGGCGGCCAAUAACAGCAAGUGCAGGAAACCCUUAAUCAACAUCCACUCCAAUCUCGCAAUCACUUUAUUCUUCAUCGUAGUGUUCACAUUCACAGUUCCAGCUCUCCUCCUUCUACAUACUCACUCCUGCUCAAAUCUCUCCGCCGCCGCUAACGCCGCCGCCGCAUGGUCCGGCGACCUCCGCUCCGCCGAAUUCUCAUGGAACAAGCUCAAAUUCUCCGACGAGAAACCCCAAACACCUCUCAAAAUCGCCGUCUUCACCCGCAAGUGGCCCACCGGCGGCGUCCCCGGCGGCAUGGAGCGCCACGCCCAAACCCUACACACCGCCCUAGCCAGCCGCGGCCAUGAAAUCCACGUCUUCACAUCCCCUCCCGCCGCCGAUUCAUCACCGGAAACCUCCACCCCUUCCUCCUCCUCCCCGAUCCUGCACCACCACGAAGGGGAACCGGAAAAAUGGCGGUACAACAAGGCGUGGGAGCAAUUCCAGGCGGAGGAGAGCCGCGGCGGCGCCGCCCCCUUCGACGUCAUCCAUUCGGAGAGCGUCGCCCUCCCCUUCUGGCUCGCCAGGGGAGUCAAAAACGUCGCCGUUUCGUGGCACGGAAUUGCCCUAGAAAGCGUACAAUCCAGCAUCUACCAGGAUUUGACCCGAAAACCCGACGAACCGAUUUCGCCGGCCUUCAACCAGAGCCUCCAAUCCGUCAUCCCAAAAGUCCUGAACGAAAUAAGAUUCUUCUCGCACUACCAACACCACAUCGCCAUUAGCGACAGCUGCGGAGAAAUGCUCCGAGACGUCUACCAAAUCCCAUCCAAGCGCGUCCACGUCAUCGUCAACGGAGUCAACCAACACGACUUCGUACAGGACACCUCACUCGGCCGGAGAUUCCGAUCCCGAAUUGGAAUCCCCGAUAACGCAACCCUAGUUCUCGGGAUCGCCGGCCGAUUAGUCAAGGACAAAGGCCACCCGUUGCUCUACGAAGCCUUCUCGAAGCUCAAAACCAACAAUCCCAACACCUACUUAAUCGUCGCGGGAUCCGGUCCGUGGAUGAACCGGUACAAAGAGAUGGGGAAACAAGUAAUCGUACUUGGUUCGAUGAAUCCGUCGCAACUGCAGGGCUUCUACAAUGCGAUCGAUAUAUUCGUGAACCCGACGCUCAGGCCGCAAGGUCUGGAUCUUACGUUGAUGGAGGCGAUGAUGAGUGGGAAACCGAUUAUGGCGUCGAGGUUUCCGAGUAUUAAGGGGACGAUUUUGGUGGACGAUGAAUUCGGGUUUAUGUUUGCGCCGAAUGUGGAAUCUUUAUACGAGGCUUUGGAGAGGGUGGUGGCGGAAGGGGCGGGGAGAUUGGCGGAGAGAGGGAAGGCGUGUAAGGAGUACGCGGUGGGUAUGUUUACGGCGAGGAAGAUGGCGUUGGCUUAUGAGAGGUUGUUUCUUUGUAUCAAGAAUCAAACUUUUUGUAUGUACCCUUAGAAAACACACUGAUAUUUCUUUUCUUCUUCUUCUUGGCCUUUUUUUUUUCUUUUUUUUUUUGUUUAUUUAUUAGUAAAAAGAAUGAUACUAUUUGUGAAUUGAUUCGAAGAUGGAAAUGUUAAUCUUGAAAUAUAUACGUUUAAGAGGUGUAGAUU